AAUCUGCAAUGGCAACUUCGGAUGUCGGAGCUGAUCAGGAUAAGGAUAAAGAAUUCAAUUUGCGAAAACAAAGUUCUCAUGGCGAUAAAAUCAAUAUGAAUCCCAAGGAACCUCAAAAGGCUGCUGUCCCUUCUUCGACAAUUCAGCGAAAGAGACAACAGUCCAACUUGUUUUCGAAGUUAAAGCAAAAGAAACAGCCCACUACAGAUCUUGAAAAGGAAGGUGUCCGUACAGAAUUUGUUUACGCAGAUGGAGCGCAGGAGGAUGUAUUGUUGUCGGGAGAUUGGAAUAACUGGACUCCUAUUCAGAUGUAUCAUGAAGGAGGUGGAAUAUGGUCGGUUGUCACUCUGGUUCCUCCAGGGACUCAUGAAUUUAAGUUUAUCGUGGAUGGAGAGUGGCGACAUAGCACAAGACAUCCAACUGUGGGUAUUGAUGAAGAAAGCAAAAAUAAUGUGAGAGUUGUUAAAGGCCCUCCAACGAUACAGCCCAAAAUGGAGUUACCAACAAAAAUAUCAGAGAAAGAUCUCACAGACGAUCAGAUGGGAUGCAACUGUAGCAUACAGUAGCAUUAAGGUCUUAUAUUUAUCGUUC